AUGUCUCUAGCUGCUACUUUAGUUUGGACGAUUGUCUUUCUCUCCUCUCUCGUUCUUGGCAGAGUUAUCUAUGCACUACACCUCUCGCCGUACAGACACAUCCCUGGACCUCGAGUGUGCAAGAUUACUCAAUAUUGGACACUCUGGCAUGACAUAUGGCUUCGCAGGGUCGAGAAGAUCCACGAGUGGCAUCGCCGCUAUGGUGACGUUGUUCUAAUUGCGCCGGGUAAAGUCUCCUUCUCCGACGCUGUCUCAACAAGGGAGAUAUACGGCACCUCUUGCGGACUUCCAAAGAGUAGGUAUUUCGACAACUUUCUGGCGUAUUGCAAUCGAUCUGUCUUCUGUACUCUUGGUGUAAAGGAGCACCAGGAGGCCCUGAAGCGCACCAUCGCCUUCUACAGACCCACGUCUGUCUUCAAGUCUGCCAUGCUGCAACCUGUGCGGGACAAUGUCAAGAAGACGCUGAAUCAGCUGGCGAGACGCACCGAAAACGGCCACGCAACACUAGACAUACUAAUCGUCUGUAACUUCUUCUCUUUCGAUAACAUUACGAGACUGUUGUAUGGCCCUGAUCUCUGUACACGAACGAUUGAGCACGAAUCGUGCUUCGAGCGGACCAUACUCGGAGGAUGGAUGACAGUCGAGCUCUGGAACAACCUCUUGUACAACUUCCCUGUAGCGCAUAAGGUCACCAAAGCCAUAUUCUCGUACUGCAGUGAUAAGCCAGACUUCUUGGCCGCCGAUGAUAAGCUGGCCGACUGGAACAUGAGAAGAGUUGAUGCCGCCUUGCGCAAACCUGCAGAUAUGGCUGUCGAUUCGCUGCUCCAUGUGCUCAGCACAGCCAAGACGCCCGAUGGCGAGCCAUUGCCCAAGUCGUGGAUCGCAGCGGAACUGCUGGACAACAUCCAUGCUGCGCAAUCAACAGUGGCCUUGGCACUCACUUAUGUCCUCUGGAAUCUGGCCAACUGUCCAGAAUGGCAGAGUCGGAUCCGUGAGGAGCUCUCUGCCAUGCCACUCGAAAAAGAUGGUCUUUCUGCAUUCAGUUUUCUUCAGUUUGCGCCGAUCUUAGAUGCCUGCAUCACCGAAUCAAGUCGGCUUCACCCGCUAUCGAGCGGCAGAGCAGAGAGAGUCGUGCCUGUAACCAGGGCGUACAAUGGCAUUGUGCUUCCUGCUAAUACUGUCGUCUCAACAUCAACACUCGCUAUACAUCACAGACCAGAAGUCUUCCCAGACCCACAAGCCUACAAGCCUGAACGUUGGCUGCACGCCAAGGGAGAAGUCCUUCGUGUAAUGCAGUCAUGCUAUAUACCUUUCGGAUACGGUGCACGUUUGUGUCUGGGCAAGCCAUUUGCACAAGCUGGCAUUAAGCACUUCAUUGCAGGUAUCUUGAUGCAGUUCGAGGUGUGCAUAGAUCCUCGAUCAGGAACAACGAGUCGGACCAUGGCUCAACUGGGCACCCAGAACGCUUUGCCACGAGGACGGCGUUGUGAGCUUUUACUUAAGCGGUUGCCUGUAGCAUGUACUUGCAAGCAAAAAGCCUCAUGA